AUGGCAAUGAUCAUCAGACUGUUCCGACCAAUGAUGGAUGCAAAGGUUCAUGAAAAGGAUGAAAGGCGUACUUCUAAGAAUGGAAGGAAGGAAGAAGAAGAAGAGAGGAAGAAAGAGGAGAGAGGGAGGAAAAAUGACAGUCUUAAGGAAAUCGAGAAAGAUGUAAAAUAUAAAAGGAAGAAAGCGCUAGAAGUAUUUUCAUAUUUCAAUUCAUUAUUAUAA